ACCCAAAGCAUAUUCCUCUUAAUUUCUCUCUGGAACGUCGUACAUGCACAAACACAGAGAACCCAGCUUUCUAAAUGCAGUAGAACCAAGAACAAGCUGGGGGGCCCAGAUUAAUCUCGCCGUGAAAGUCCAAUUGGGUCCGAUCCCAGGUGUAUUGUAUCUCUCUCGAUUGAUGUCAUAAACCCAAUUUGUCUGUUGAGGAAUUUUUUGAGGGCCAAUCUCUGUAGAAGUAUAGGACAUAGGAAAAGCAUGAAGAAUAGCUGGUUUGGGUUAGGGGAUUUUGAUGACGGCUCUUCCUACAACUUUCCGCUGGAGCCUCUGAUUUUGUAUAGUCUUCGGGGAAAUGUGUUUUCGCAUAUUAGUUCAUUUAGGGACAAUUCGUUGCACCACUAUAGAUACUUUCAUGGGCCUGGAAGCUUAGCUCUUGAAGGCGCUUUUAAUCAUGUUUCAAAGUUUGCGGGUGCUUUGCUAGUGAUGUUCUCUUCUGGGAACAGUACAAAUGCUACUCAGGCAAUAGCAGGUAACUUGGAUGGUUGUGAGCCUGGAUGCUCCAGUUCUUCUGCUCGAGUAAAACACGUUACUUCAAGUAGACAAAAAUUUAAAGGGUUUCACUUCAGUUUUGGGCCAAAAGGAGAAUCUAAUAAUCCCAUCGAUUUUGGUAAGAUAUCGGCUUCUGUAAUGCAAUUCCUACAAAGAGAAGCUGAAACGCGAUAUUCAUAUUCCUUGCUCUCGUUAGCUACUGCACUUGUACCACCUUUUGGCAACUUGAACUUCUCUUCUUUGGUAAUUCCUACCAGAUCUUCAAACAUGUUAGCUGUGUCGACGUCAAACACUGAUAUUAUGGAUCAAAGGCCUUGUGAGGUUGGGCGUCAAGGAUGUGCUGGUCUACCUUUUCCCAAUUUGGACUGGAGAAUACAUGCAGUGGAGCCCAGAACUGGUAUCGAGUUCCCUAUGGUUUUGGACAAUAUAUUAACAGCAGGGAACAAUUCAAGUUUAAAUUCAGAGGUCCUUGUGGGAACUGGAUCCAGAACAAUGACAAUAAUUAGAAUAAAAUCUCUGAAGCUCUAUGCGUUUGGCUUUUAUAUUCAUCCUCACUCUGUUUGCAAGAAAUUGGGUCCAAAAUACGCUUCUGUUUCGCUUGAUGAACUAAACAAACGCCAUGAUUUUUAUCAGGACCUUCUCAGGGAAGAUAUUGAUAUGACAGUUAGACUUGUAGUUAGCUGCAAUGGGAUGAAAGUCAAUACUGUGAGAGAUGCCUUCGAGAAAUCCCUUCGAGCCCGAUUAGUGAAGACAAACCCAGAGACUGACUUCCGUUGCAUAACAACAUUUGGUUCGAAGUUCACACAAGAUAUUCCACUGCCAGCGGGAACAACAAUUGAUUUCCAACGAACAGCUGAUGGGAAAUUGAUUACUAAAAUUGGAGAUAAUCAGAUUGGAGCAGUCCAAAGCAAGGAACUGUGCAGGGCUUUCUUUGACAUGUACUUGGGAGAUGUUCCUGUGUCAGAGCAAACAAAAGAAGAGAUUGGCAGAAAUGUUGCUAGUAUAAUUAGGCGUUGCUGAACUGGUUCAUUUAUUUCCAUGCCUCACUUUUUUAAGGGGCAAGUGGUUUGUUGAGGAGAUGAAUUGCUCAUGACGACAAAGAUGUCAUUGCCGAAGAGCAUUACAAGGCAUAGGUGAGCGUGCUUUAUUGGGUGGGGCUUAUUGCGCCUUUCAGAGGGUGACCAUUCGCUUACCAGCCUGCGAUUCCUUGCAGCCAUUAUAUGGGGAUUUACAUAAGUUAGAUAGGCAAAUCCCUCAUUCAAAGUGUAGUGAUUUGUAGCAAUUUGAACUUUCAAGUAUACAUAAAAUAUAUAUUGGUUUCAAAUCUUUGCUGCUGAAAAACGGACCUGAAGAGUGAAGUCAGCAGCGGUACCAGGCAUUUCUAGUCCAAUACAAGGCUCAAACAAAUUAACAGU